AAUUACACAUCGAGGCUCUGAUAUCAAACCCAGUGUUCAAUUGUUCGUGAAGCGGAAUGUUGGAGCGAUCGUGUGAAAACAAAAUUUGAAAAAUUUCCCGAUAACAAUAUCACAUAUUCGAUUGUGUUUUCUUCGUACAUUCCUAUUUAUUUUUUUCUACAAUCGACAUUUUUUUAUUUAAUAUUUCUAAGAAUUGCAUUUAUGACGUUCCGUUUUAAGCAUUACAAAAAAACAAAAUGCUGAAACAACCGAUUAAAUUGCUGAGCGGUGCUUUUCCGAUCGUACAGUGGCUGCCCAAGUAUACGAUCCAGAAGGCUGUUUGCGACUUGAUAGCUGGUAUUACGGUAGGACUGACUCUCAUUCCUCAAUCAAUAGCCUACGCAGCCCUUGCAGGUCUUGGUCCAGAGUAUGGCCUGUACUCUUCGCUCUGCGGAGGAUUCAUCUACACAAUCUUCGGCACAGUUAAAGAUCUGAAUGUGGCACCCACUGCUCUGAUAUCGUUGUUAACGUUCACGUACACUCACGACAGCAGCUUCGGACAGCCUCAAUCCGCUAUACUGCUGUGCUUCUUGUCCGGAAUCAUCGAAACGGGAUUCGGACUUCUGCAUCUCGGAUUCCUGGUGGAUUUCGUAUCGACGCCGGUCGUCGCUGGAUUCACGUCAGCCGGAGCCUUGACCAUCGCGGCUGCACAAAUCAAGAACAUGCUUGGCCUCAACUUUAAAGCAGAGACAUUUGUUAAGAUUAUGUACAAUGUUUUUUACCAUAUCAAGGAAACAUCGCUUUGGGAUGCAGCUUUAAGUAUAAUCUGUUGCUGCUCUCUGAUUAUGCUCAGAGAGAUGAAACGAUUCGGAAAUCCGAAUACUGAUAACAUCUGGAAGACGAGCGUCUGGUUCCUGAGCGUAUCCAGAAAUGCGCUGCUAGUUAUUAUAUGCGCCUUCACCGCUUUCCUUUUGAAAAAGCACGACCUAACACCGUUUUCACUGAUAAAGAACGUACCACAAGGACUGCCGCCUAUCCAAUUGCCCUUUAUCAUAUCAAAUGGCACGGAAACUUUCAACUUUAUAGAUGUUACUAGUGAUUUGGGAACUGGUAUCAUUGUAGUUCCACUUGUUUCGAUAUUGAGCAAUAUCGCCAUUGCCAAAGCUUUUGCUGAUGGAAAAGUAUUGGAUGCUUCUCAGGAAAUGUUAGCCGUCGGGCUAUGUAACAUUUUUGGAUCAUUUUUUGGAUCCUUUCCAAUAAAUGCUUCGUUCUCAAGAGCUGCCGUUAACAAUGCAAGCGGUGCAAGAACUACUUUUGGAGGAAUUUUCACAGGAAUUCUAGUGAUGUUUGCAUUAACAUUCCUGACUCCUUAUUUUUCGUAUAUCCCUAAGGCCACAUUAUCAUCGGUCAUUAUUUGCGCAGUGAUCUACAUGGUGGAAUUGAAACUGUCACGCCUGAUUUGGCGCAUCAACAGAAUUGACUUCUUUCCGCUGCUCGUAACUCUGGUUGCCUGUCUCGUGCUCAGCAUCGAAAUUGGAAUUGUGAUUGGCAUAGUGGUGGACCUCUUGCUUGUACUGUAUUAUACCUCCCGUCCUAAGAUCGAAACGGAAAUCAUCAAACAUGAAAAAAACUUCCAAUACAUGAAAGUAGUCCUAGUGGGAACGUUGUUCUAUUCGGCGGCCGAGUUUACCAGGGAUAAGGUCCUGAAGAUGAUCACGUCAGACAGUAAAUUUUUGGUUUUCGAUUGCGCCAAUCUGCGUAAGAUCGACUUUACUGCAGCCAAGGAAAAUAUUCAUAUUUUUCUUCAGUGUAUAGACGCUUUGAUCAAGGACUUGAACGAGUGGAAACCAUUAGUAGUCUUCCUAAGGCCGAAGACCGAGAUCGACUUUAUCCUUAGGAAGGCGAUAACCGACGCAAAUUGCUACUUCAUUAAGAAUGAUAAUGAACUAGAUACUCUAUUCGAUGAAAAAGCGAAUUCCGGUUACGAGUUAACCAGUGUUUGCGCGAACGAGGCUUAUGAAAACGAUGAUGAGAAAUUGUAGAAAUGUGAGGUGAAUCUGGGUGGAGACUCUAUGCAAUUAAGAAA